CUCUAAUAAAUCCUGCGUUAUUCAAUCCACUCACGCACAGAAACUGUUCACCCUCUCAGACUUUUUUCACCCUGCUCUGUUGCAUCCUUCCACAAACACCAACCACACAGCGGAUAAAACUAUAAUCCAUCACCAAAACUCCGAAUUUAUUCUUUCGUCCCAUCCUCAAGAUUUCUCUGCUCAAAAUUUCAGUGAUUAUCCACCAGCUACUUUUUCUUCUUUUAUUUUUCUGGGUUUAAUUUCAAAGCUUCCAAAAUCUUUCCCAAAUCCAAAUUCUGAUCAUUUUUUUCACUUGGGUCUUCACAAAAAUCUGAAUCCUGAACUGGGUUGCUCUUACUUUCACAAAAGAUUAUGAAUUUCAGGAGCUUGGAGGAGUUCUGGGCCUUCUACAUGAACCAGCACUCGAAACCAGCGACGCGGCGGUGGCAUUUUGCAGGAACCCUAGCUUCUAUCUUCUUCCUCCUCUGCUCGCUGCUGUUCGAUUGGCGGUUUCUGCUUUGUGUGCCUCUCUCUGGGUACGGAUUGGCGUGGUACAGCCAUUUUUUCGUGGAGGGGAAUAUUCCGGCGACGUUCGGGCAUCCGUUUUGGUCCCUUUUAUGCGAUUUCAAGAUGUUUGCUUUGAUGCUUUCGGGUAAUAUGGACAGAGAGAUUAAGAGGCUCGGGAAGAGGCCUGUCUUGCAUGUCUUUUAGCGCUCUCGUUUUACGAGAACACUGAAGUGAUUUUCACACUCACGUUUUUUAUUUUUUUUCUAAUCUUUGCGCAGAAAUAAAAGGCAAAUGCAAAAGAAGAAAAUGAGAGCGUGACAUUCACUACUUUAUCUUGUGAUCAAGUUCAAUUCUGCAUAUUGGACUAUUUCUACUUUUGGUCUGUAUUUAUGAACAUGAUUGUAUUGUCUUGUUGAGAGAUAAAUAGAUAAGGGUUUCCUGGAA